AUGGCGCGAAAAAAAUUGACAGAGUCGGCGCCUCCAACACCACCACCACGGCUCGAGUCGCCGUUUCAAUAUAGACGUCUUCUUAAAUUUGAAGAGACUCCAGACUGGUUCGAGGGGAACCGGUUUAUUCUCACAGGCUAUCGCUAUGAGUCUCGAUCGGCGAUUCGUUCCCUGCAAAGCUGGACUUAUCUUCAUAACGAGUCCUGCAACAUCUAUUCCCACUUCUUGCCCGCGGUUCUUUACCUUGCUCUGCACUGGUAUCUAUUCAGCUCCUAUCUUCCAUCCCGAUAUCAAACACUUAGCAAAGGUGAUGAGCUCAUCCUCUCCCUUUUUCUUUCAACCGUCGUCUUAUGCCUGGGAGCGUCUUCCCUGUACCAUACCUUCUUAAACCAUUCCGCAUCAAUAGCAAGACGGUGGCUAUUAUGCGAUUAUAUGGGAAUCAUCACCCUCAUUCAAGGUUGCUUUAUCAGUGGCAUAUAUUUUGGGUUUUACUGUGAACCUUACCUUCAGCGGUUAUACUGGACCAUGAUUGUUGUCCUUGGGUUCCUUGACGGCGACUAUUAUUCCUGUCAUCUCAAUUUCAAGAUCCAAAAUGGCGAGGUUUUCGGGUGGCAACAUUUGUCUGCACUGGUCUUUCUGCCUUCGCCCCCAUUACACACGCCCUAUUGCUCCAUGGACUUGAGAGUACUUUCUCAGCGUUCAUUUACGAGCGGCAAAUUCCUGAGCGAUGGUAUCCUGGGAAAUUUGAUAUAUGGGGCCAUUCUCAUACCAUUUUCCAUACUAUCGUUGCUGUGGGGAUGUGUAUACAUUUGGCGCAAAGGGAAUAAUAGAGUAAUGGGUUUGGGCCUGGUUUAUGAUAAAUAUACCCACAAGAUUGGUGAAAAAUAUAGAAGCGUUGGUUUGUUCUUGUUCUAG